CGCUUAGCGACGCAUGCUCAGUCUCACUGCGUUUUACGUCUUUGAUGUGGACCGGCAUUUUCCCACAACACACUGCAGCAGCUUACACCAACGACGAAAAUGGCGGACAACUGUUCUUCGGUCGAAAUUGUGGAAGGCUGUCGCCUCCCCGUUCUUCGUAAAAACCAGGAACAUGAGGAUGAGUGGCCUUUGGCUGAGAUCCUGAGUUUGAAGGAGGUUUCUGGAAGAAAGCUGUUCUAUGUUCACUACAUUGACUUCAACAAGCGCUUGGAUGAAUGGGUCACAGCAGACAGGCUGGACAUGAAGAAGCUCCAGUUUCCCAAAAAAGAAGCAAAAACACCCACAAAGAAUGGACUGUCAGGCUCGCGUCCUAGCUCACCAGAAAGAGCAGAAAGAGAAGUAGUACCAGUGAGUGAGAAGAAAGAUACAAACAAUGACACAGCUUUGCAGAAGAAACAGAGGAAGACUCUAGAUCUCAACCUCCAAUCUGCCACAGCUCCUUCCAGAGGCAAAACCCUCCCCACGCCGGUACAACUCAGGUUAGAAGUGCAGCUGAGUCAGAAGAAGAAAGUCGUGGCGCUACAGAAAAAGAAGAGGAAAGAGGUGGUUCCCCUGGUGACUCCGGUACCACCCGCCACCCCUGUGCCCGCCCUGCCGAGCUCAACUGAAACCUCCCAGGCGGCUGUUUUCCCUGUCGUAAGAGAGCCCCCCCCCUUCAAGGCGCGGGAAGACCUUGAGCCGAUUCCCACAGUCACAACGAACGGCACCGCCCGGCGUCUAAUACCCCCUCAGCCUGGUAGAAAGAGGAAAGCUAACUGUGGGGGUCCUGAUGAGAUGAUAAAGGUGUUGCAGUAUAACAAGCCUCAAAGUGCCGCCGUCUUUCUACCCCCACCAGAGGACUCCCAAGACAGUUCUGAUGGUAUACCGACAGCACCCCGCAUGACCGGCAGCCUGGUGUCAGAUCGCAGUCACGAUGACAUCAUCACCCGCAUGAAAAACAUCGAGUGCAUCGAGUUAGGCCGGCACAGGCUCAAGCCGUGGUACUUUUCGCCGUACCCACAGGAGCUGACCACUCUGCCCAUUCUCUACCUCUGUGAAUUCUGCCUCAAGUACCUGAAAAGCCUCAAGUGUCUCCAGAGGCAUCUGACUAAAUGUAAUCUGAGACAUCCUCCAGGCAAUGAAAUCUACCGCAAAGGAACCAUAUCCUUCUUUGAGAUUGAUGGCAGAAAAAACAAAAAUUAUUCCCAGAACCUGUGCUUACUUGCAAAGUGUUUCCUAGACCACAAGACGUUAUACUACGACACUGAUCCUUUCCUCUUUUAUGUGAUGACGGAGUACGACUCCAAAGGCUUCCACAUAGUGGGAUACUUCUCUAAGGAAAAAGAAUCAACUGAAGAUUAUAAUGUUGCUUGUAUCCUCACCUUACCUCCCUACCAAAGGAGAGGCUAUGGCAAACUGCUCAUCGAGUUCAGUUAUGAGCUGUCCAAGGUGGAGGGGAAGACGGGAACUCCAGAGAAACCUCUUUCUGAUCUCGGUCUUCUGUCGUAUCGUUCCUACUGGUCCCAAACAAUCCUUGAAAUUCUGAUGGACUUGAAACCUGAUAACGGAGAAAGACCUCAGAUUACCAUCAAUGAGAUCAGUGAGAUAACGAGUGUCAAGAAAGAAGAUGUCAUCUCAACACUUCAGUACCUCAACUUAAUCAACUAUUACAAGGGACAGUACAUUCUGACCCUUUCAGAGGAAAUAGUGGAUGGACACGAGAAAGCGAUGCAGAAGAGGCACCUGCGCAUCGAUCCCAAAUGCCUGCACUUUACUCCAAAGGACUGGAGCAAACGGGGGAAGUGGUAGCAGAUGGUUGUUGGUCAGUUUUCUCAAAACUCUUCUGAAAGGAUGACGGCAAUCGGGAAGCUACGUUCUUAUCCAGCUGUAAUUACCCUGUUUUGUCCUCCAGGAUUUCAUUUCCAAACAAAAACUUGACACUUGGUUAAGUUGAAGCUCGUAUUGAGAGAACUCUGAUUACAUAAUGUGAAUUAUUGAAGGUUGUAAUCUUAAAGCACACCCUACACUGUUUGAAAAAAGUUCAGAGUAAAACAGAGCAGUAAAAGGAAUAUAAAGAGUCUGUUUGACGUUCCAUUCUUUAAACUGAACAUUUGAGAAGUUUCCUUUACUUAGUUUCAGAUUUAAGUUAUUUAUUCAUUGUGGUAGUUGUUGCUAACACUUUUUUUCCACAUGCAAAGUUAUUUUUUUACUGGCAUGCUAAACUUCCAGAGGCAUAUUUAACUUAAGUUUUUUAUAAUUUAUAUUAUCUCUUUUUUACAGAAAAAAUAGUUUUUUCUUUUAGGAAACAAUCCUUGAACAACUUUAUAAAAUCUUGAGUGAGUCCUUUUGUGUUCUUGCAUCAGAAUUUGUCUGUAUUGACUUUCUGUCACGUCAAUAUGUUGGGUAAAUAAAAAUGAAGUGCUAACUUUAUUUUUAAUUACGCUAACUUUCUCAAAGUAAUGGCUGUACACAGUGUAUACAUGUAGAAUGGAUAACCUUUAGAGGUGUUGAAAUGAUCGGGACAUCGCACAUUCAAGUUUCAGACUUUGUUUGCCAACCACAUCAGAAAUUCUAGAUUUUUGUACCUCAAGUGUUUUUUUUUUUAUUGAAACUAGUCCCAACUUUAAUUUCGCUAUGUGAACAUGUGAUUGUACAUACUGAAGUCAGAAGCCAUGCUGAACUGUUAGAAUAAUGUAAAUACAGUGUUGUACAGUGUGAAUGUA